AAUUUAUCAAGUCGAAAGUAACUCUUAAGGAAGGGCGUAGUAGGGCUCGGUAGAAAACCUAAAAUGUUCGGAAGUUACUACUACGUUAUAACUACAAACUAUACUGUACCAAUUUGAAGGAUUACUUCUACCUCUUAAGGUUAAGGAAGGUUCCCAGUUAAAUAAAUUGCGUUGCUCAAAAGCACUCGGUUUGAAGAUUCUCGAGAAACGUCGGAGUAUAGUGGUAGGCGCAUUGGUGACGGUGAAAUCGUGGAGGGGACGACCCCUCCUGCCCUACUCCGGUGCGCGCAACGUCAUUGUGCCGUGUGGGGCCAUGAUCGUUGGAGUGUGUGUGCGUCCCUCGAGCUACGCGCAGACCUACCCAGUAAAUACGAGGCUUCCGUUCCCUGUGCGUGUCGAGUGUUGAAACAGUGCGUAGUUAAAGGAAGUGAUAGACUUUCGUCUUCUUGACAUCCCGUGGUCACCGGCGUGUUCCAUCAUGCCGUUGAGUAUUGGGGUUAAUCUAAGAGUGACCGGACAUUGUAAUCAGGGCGGUCGUAAGUACAUGGAGGACAUGUUCAGCGUGGCCUUUCAAUCGACACCGGAUGACAAAGAUCUGGAGUAUGCCUUCUUCGGAAUAUUCGACGGCCACGGAGGCGGCGAAGCUGCCACAUUUGCUAAAGAACAUCUGAUGAACGUUAUCGUCAAGCAGAAGAAUUUUUGGAGCGAUCGGGACGAGGAUGUGCUGCGAGCCAUCAAAGACGGAUACGUGAACACGCACUAUGCGAUGUGGCGGGAGCUUGACAAGUGGCCGAGAACCGCAUCCGGAUUACCAUCUACGGCCGGGACCACGGCUAGUAUAGCCUUUAUUCGUAAAGGUAAAAUUUACCUGGGUCAUGUAGGAGAUUCUGGCAUAAUAUUGGGAUACCAAGCAGAUGGUGAUCCUCAAUGGCGUGCAGAAGCUUUGACCAAAGACCAUAAGCCGGAAAGUGGGCCAGAAAUGAUGAGGAUACGUCAGUCUGGUGGUAAAGUUGUUAGUAAGUCUGGGGUUCCAAGAGUUGUUUGGAACAGACCUCGUAUUGGGCACAAAGGACCUGUUCGAAGGUCAACUCAUAUAGAUGAAAUUCCAUUUCUUGCUGUUGCUAGAUCCUUAGGUGAUCUUUGGAGUUAUAACUCAGAGUUGAACACAUUUGUUGUGUCUCCAGAACCAGAUGUUAAAGUAGUUGCGAUUGAUGUGGAAUCACAUCGUUGCCUUAUUUUUGGAACAGAUGGUUUGUGGAAUAUGUUGACACCCCAAGCUGCAGUGGCUAUUGUCCAAGCUGCAGAUAGACAUAAUGAGAAACAUUUGAUUGCUUCUCAACAAACAUGUAAUGGGCAAGCUGAUAAUGUUCAACUGUGGAUAAAUCCUUCGAAAAGUCUAGUAGAUAGAGCUUUGGAAAAGUGGUCAUUAAAGAGGCUACGUGCAGAUAAUACAAGCGUGGUUACAUUAAUGUUAGAUCCACCAGGUCCAUCUCGUAGUGAGAUUAUAUUGAGCCAGAAAGAGUGUGUUGUAACACAUCGUACUAUGCACACACCUACAGCUACGCUUGCAGAAGCCCCAACAAGACAUAACUGUAAUCAAGUCUCUCCAAGUACACCAAGGCCUUCCCCUAUAAUAAAUCAUUAUGUUGAUCUUAACCGGUCUGUACCAGCUUUUUCAGAUGAGAUUGAGGGGAAUCGAAAAGAAUCAUAUGUGGAUAAUAUAUGUACACCUGCAGAUAAAAUUGAAGAAAAUCAAUAUCAAAAAGAUGAAAAACAUGCAGAUAUCUCAGAAAAUUUGGUCGAUGGAAAUUUUCAACCUGUAGAAUUAUCAUCCAAUGAAAUAUUAAAGAACAGUAUAGAAGUAAAUAGUCUCGAAUUUGAGGCAGAAGUAGAAAAAACCAAGACCAACGAGGGACAACCAACAAAGAUAACUGAAGAUAAUACACUAAAUGAGCAGAAAAAUUCGAGAUCAUCUCGGCAAUCACCUGAGAUAGAAAUGAAAAACGAUCCUGAUGUUUCAAAUGUGAUACACCAAAGUGCAUUUUCCAGUGAAUGUAAUGGUACACAUUCUUCCACAGUCGUUACUAAUACCACAGAGAGCAAUGAAGUAGUUCUAGCGAGUACUAGCUGUAAUGAGAAUGAAGUAAAAGCUAACAUAUUAAAUGGAUCUCGUCACAGACAAACAACAUUAUUCUCAACCUCAAGAAGAGAUGUUCGAAGCACGAGAAGGCUCAGCCUAACCACACAUCCGCGAAAUACUUUGGGCGAUGCUAGUUCGUUGGAAACGAAAACAUAUGUAAAUUCUAGACUUAAAUCGCGUAGUACAAAAGUGUCAGUAUCGGGAAACACGAUGGAGGAAGGUGUGAGAAAUUCGACGAGCAAAACGAGCGGUAGUGCUGUUGCUACUAAACGAAGACACAGUGCAAUAUCACAGAGUGUAGUUAACACGAUUGAGGAGUCACGUAUGUUACAAGAACCAUGCGUUAAAAGGAGGACGCGAUCGGAGGAUCGUCCGAACCCGGUCGAUGAGAACGAUCCAGCGAAUCAAGCCACAAAGGACGCGAGUAGUAGUAUGAGCUGGCCUAGCACGGAUUCCAAUAUUGCUCGUUCUACGGCUGUUGCUACCACUGUACCUGUACAGGAAAGGCUACCGUCGCUAAAUAGCUUCCAAAGAAAUUUGGAGAAAAAAGCUACGCCAGUGAAAGCUAUCAGAAGGCCGUCUAUCAAAGGUCUGUUGAAACAAUUGUGGGCUGCUAGUCUCAGCGCAAGAGAGUGGGAUCAGGGAAGAAGUAAUAGAUCAAAUAAUUGUAACGAGCGGAGGAUAAAGCGAGCCGUGUCUAUUAUAGGUCCUUCAGAUAAUACGACUGUUCCGCAACGUUGGCUCAGGUCAGAUACUAUCGCAGCGACACCUGUAAAAACACUACGUUCACGUAAUGUAGACAUAACUGGUCACACGAUAUCUCCACAAUUAGUACAUCAGUACGGAAUAGUAAAGCAAAGUCGGCUCUCUUUACCGUGUAAAUUGAAGCAUUCUAGUAAUAAUGGAUUUCUACAGUCAAAUAGAGUAAGGUCUUCCUCCUUGUCGUCCAGUAUAAAGCAAACUAGCAGUAAUACUGCGAACGGAGCUUGCUCUACGAUUAGUCCUACGAAUACCGGAUGUAACUCUAGUUCCGGAAUGGCUAAGAGAGUCAAAUCACCCUAUAACCCAAGUGCUAGGUCAUUAAGCACGCGAUCUCGCAUUAAACGUCUUGGAAAAUGAGGUAGGGUAACGUACAUUAAUUACACUGCUUGUUACAUUAAACAGGGUAUCAUUUCUUACCCUCACCAAAUUUUUCUUCACUUUGCGUCUUGCUUUUCAUCUUCAUGGAAAGGUAUAUUUAACUGAGAGAGAUUAACUAUUCUCGUUUAUACUGUUGCAUUUUAUCUUGAAACUUGAAGAUGCUAUAGGCAAGCUCUUGUCUCAAUUUUCCAAAUGUCUCGAUGGAAUUGGGUUUGCAUUUUAUGGACCAAUUGUUAAAAAAAGCAAAGAAAAAUAAGAAUCAUCAACGAUUUCCAUCGUUUCCUAUUUUAGAAUAGUUCUAACUUCUUCUUAAAACAAUUUGCUAGUAAUAAGUAUAUGAGGAUACUAAGUAGGAUAACAAUUUUCUUAUCGAUACAUAGUAAAGUUUUACUACUUCCACGGCACACUACGGGUCAAGAGUUGAUCGUAUUUUUCAUAUUUGCAUAGUUUCACACGUUGAAAGAUAUUUAGCAAUAAUGUAGAAUCAAUCGAAUAGUAUAACGUAUUUCUUCAUGUUCCGUUUAGAAAAAUGCAUACAUUAAUAUGAUUAUUCAAAACAAGACAUGGCACGUCCAUACGGAUAAUUGAGUAACUCUGUUUUUAUACGAACAAAGAUCAUUUAAUGUGAAAUAUUUUGUAGAUACAUACAGAUAUAUUAGUAUUACACAAAUACAAAAGCUUUUGAAUCAAGAUUUAACAAUUUUCUUUAGUGUUCAUUUUUGUCUCCCAAUCUUACUUAGCUGCCAACUGGGCGACUUUUUUCAAUGUUAUUAUUUCAGUAGCCGUACUCUAUCUGUCUCUCUUUCUCUAUCUCUAUCUAUAUCUAUCUAUCUCCCUCUCUCCUCCCUCUCUCUUUCUCUCUCUCUUUGUGCUUCGAACCAUCUUAAAUUCGUUUUUAAAGCAACGAAUGCUUCUGAGUGUGUAGUAAGCAAUAAGAACGUUACUAAUAGGAUCUAAUCUAUAAAUGCUAAUAAUAACCCAAAGACAUCGUACAUACCUACAUACAAUGAAUAGUGAUUAGAGAGAAAGAGGAAGCAUAACCGAAAUGAAAACACAACAUACAUACACGCAUUGAACAUAAACACAUAUUUCUCUUGUUUACAUCUUAGACAACCCGUUCGAAUAAUCGAACGUUCCGUUAAAUAAUCGAUGUUCCAAUAAUCGAAUUUUUCGUUAAUCGAUCGUUCCAUUAAUCGGGGUUUCGAUAACUGAGAUUUUAACGUCAUGUCAAUCAUAAAUUGCAUGUGUAUUUCUUUCCAAUUGUAUAUACUAUUCCUGCAGAUUGUAAUUUAUACAUUGGAAUAUCUCCACUGUUAUCCACGUAUGUAAUUUCCCGAAUGUAGCAAUACUUCCUUUUUUUCAUGCCGUGGUAAUAGUUUCUGAAUAGUUUUUGAUUUUCAGAAAUCAGUGUUAUCGGUUUUCAAGUUUGAGUAAAAUAUUCCUCUUUCUCAAGUAAUAGAUCACCAUGCUACUUCAUUUGAACAGAUUUUGCCAUCAGAAAGCUAACUAGGUACAUUUUUAUCACUUUUCACUUUCUUAAGAAAGCAUAGCACCUUGUAGGAUUAAAAUGAAUACUAUAAUCUAAACAUUUGCUUUAUCUAGUAAUUAUUUCAUAGUAUAUUAAGACUUUUAUUAUUGUUUAAGAUUACAAAACCAGUUGGAACCCAGUAUUACCAACAAUUGGAACAAGAAAUUACUAUUUUAACAUAAGUAAAGUUAGACCUUUUACAAUAUAAUGUAUAACGAAUAUUAAAAUAUUAGAGAGAUUGUACAAUACAUUAUAGAUGAUUUUGUAAAGGACAAUUUGUAAAAAGUUGAAUUUGUUGUAUGAAUAACUCUUAAGACCUGCUGGGUACUAGGUCGAAAAGCAUAGUUUUAAAACAGGUUCUGUUAAAAAAAUUUUUUUUAAAUAAUUUCCAACUUUUUGAAACUAAUAAGACGGCGUAUCUCAUUAAUUGUCAGCUUAAUAUUAAAUGAUUCCUUUCUUAAUUCUAUGCUUUCUAAUGUUUGACUAGCUUGUUAAAUUGUUAAUUGUAGAGUUUGAGGAAGCUUGAAACAGAAAAAGAUAAAGAACACGAACAUGUGUAUAAAAUAUGUGAGUAUGAGAGUAAAAGAAGUAAAGGAUAACUGUAACUACAAGUGCGUAUGUGAUUUGCAAAAAUUAUUUUGAAUGAUUCCUUUAAAUGUUCCAGUGUUUUACAUGGGAGCGACUUUCAAAGAGGACUAACAAGUCAUUAAAGAGAAAAUGUGAUUUGCUUACAGUAAGAUUACAAAGAAAAUGAAAAUAUCUAGUACGUAGGUACGUAAAACAGCGAUCCGCUUUGGCCAAGCAUGGAGGUGACUGUUCAAGAUUCGUUCGGUCGACAUUAAGGGAAAACCGGCGUGUAUAAUCAUGAAAUUUUUAUAUUUAACUUUAUACAAUGGCAGCACAAAAUCUAAGAAAGUCUUUCGAUAUAAUAAGGAAAAAAGAAAAAAGGGACUCGUAGGUAGUUCGAUUCUAUUGUAUUCACUGUUGUAAGUAUUCAGUCGUUCGCUUAAUUACGACGAUAAUUUUGAAUAGCGUCUACCUUGGUACGAAGCGGUACGAAAAAUGACUGUCUGUUAUGCGAUACAAAAUUUAGAUUAUAUUUAUAGCAGCUACAAAAAAGAGAAAACGAACGAGUGAGUGAAAGAAUUAAAAAAUUUAUUUGUUGUAUGGAUAUAUAAUAAUUCUUCAACAAAUUUUAGCUUUUUCUCAAUUUUGCAACAAUCAGAAGGUGGUUCAUAUAUAUUUUUAUGGGCGAAACACGGCAGACUGUGGGUACUGAGAAAGAACGGUUCGCAGAGUCGCGUUUUGCUCGCAAAAAUUUACAAGAGUCGCCUUUCGAAGUUCGCAAAAUUAGAGAUGUGUUGAACAGUGAAUCGUUAAAACGAUGAUUGAGAUGCAGAUGUUUCGUAUAAUUAUGUGCUUAAAUCGUUAAAUAGAAAUGUAUUCUAUUGGAGGCUUUUUUUUCAUUUAUUACGAAUGCGGUGAUUAUUUUUAAGUUUAUUUAAAAUUUGCGAAUAGCGUGAAACUUACUUCAGGAUAAUUUUGAAAGUUUGGUUGCAUGUGUGCUGAAGUAAUAAUAUGGUCAGAGAGAUUGAGAUGGUAAAUUCUCAUCCACAUGUUACAAUUUUGUUCCAUAUACAUAUGUAUAUCUUCUAGAGUAAUGUUUGUUGAAGAUUAGAGGGUGUUUUAUGUUAAAAUAAGAUUAUUCAUAACAUGAUUUUUAGUUGACUUCUAUCUUUUGGAAUAUUUUUUAUAGAAAUAGUACAGUGAUCAUACUUGAUGAAAAUUUACCAUUUCUCCGGGAUUAUUUGACCAAGUGAAAAAAGAAAAUGAAGACAUUCAGAAGCGUAUGCUUGUACGAAUUUAUCAAUAUUUUUAUAUCUUUCUGUUUUAUUAUAGACAGUGCAGAGAGAGACAUAAUUAUUUCAAAAAACAGAGAGGAAAAUAGUAUGACAAAGGAAAGAAAAUAAUGACACGUGCCUACAAUAGUUACCAUUGAAAUUUGUAUAUAUAUAUGUAUAAAGUGUAUUCAUACAUAUAUCAUGAGCCAAGAAGAAAGUAAUUUUUUCAUUGUUACCCAGUGAAAAUAUAAACACCAAAUGAUAAGAAAGAAAUAUAUUACAAGGUAGAUAAAAUCUGAGAUACAUAAAAUAAGAACAUUUCACUAUCUCUUCUUGGUGCAUGCGAUCAAGUAGCACUAUCUAUACAUAUAGAUAUACUGUAUAUGUAUGUAAAUAUAUAUAAGUAUAUAGGCGCAUAUAUAUACAUACAUAUUGUAAAAUAAAAACGCAUAUAUUUGUAAAUCGUCUACAUGUAGAUAUAAUUAAAAAAAAAAGAUUUAGAUGAUUGUGCUCAUAAGAGACAUAAAGAAAAUCUUCGCUAGCGUUUAUUUAUAUACAUGAGAAAUUAUAAUAGUAACGAAGGAAAUGAAAUGUAGGAGUGGACGAGGAAAAAAUGAUCCGUCUAGUUCUGCGUUUGUAGAUUUAACAUUCGUUACAUAGGACGUGAAUUAAAAACAAAUAAAUAGAAAAACUAAGUAUUUUCUCUGAGAGUCAAAAUAAACGGGAAAAGGAAGAAAUAAGAUUUAACAGAGGAACACAGAAUUGUAUAGAGAAUGGAAAUUUAUAGCGGUUUAUCUCAGGUUAAGCAUAGGUUGAAGGAGGCAUACUCGAACAAAUGUGUGAUCACGUUUCAAAUCUGUAUAUUUUAAUUAAAUAAACUGAAAUAUACAAAUGUU